AGAAACCAACGGAUCAAGCAUCCCUGAGCUUCAGACAGAAAGUAACUCAGAGCUCAUUCAAAGAACCAUCAAGAAAUGGGUACCUGGAUUUUGUUUGCCUGCCUCCUGGGAGCAGCUUUUGCUAUGCCCCUACCACCUCAUCCUGGAAGCCCUGGUUAUAUCAACUUAAGCUAUGAGAAGUCACAUUCUCAGGCUAUCAAUACUGACAGGACUGCAUUAGUGCUUACCCCUUUGAAGUGGUACCAGAGCAUGAUAAGGCAGCCGUAUCCUUCCUAUGGUUACGAACCCAUGGGUGGAUGGCUGCACCACCAAAUCAUCCCUGUGCUGUCUCAACAGCAUCCUUCCCCGAGUCACACCCUUCAGCCUCAUCACCACCUCCCAGUGGUGCCAGCUCAACAGCCCGUGGCCCCCCAGCAACCAAUGAUGCCAGUUCCUGGCCACCACUCCAUGACUCCAACCCAACACCACCAGCCAAACAUCCCUCCAUCUGCCCAGCAGCCCUUCCAGCAGCCCUUCCAGCCCCAGGCCAUUCCACCCCAGUCUCAUCAGCCCAUGCAGCCCCAGUCACCUCUGCACCCCAUGCAGCCCCUGGCACCACAGCCACCUCUGCCUCCACUGUUCUCCAUGCAGCCCCUGUCCCCCAUUCUUCCUGAGCUGCCUCUGGAAGCUUGGCCAGCGACAGACAAGACCAAGCGGGAAGAAGUGGUGUUUUCCCCUAUGAAGUGGUACCAGGGCAAUUCAAGGCAUCCGCUUAACAUGGAAAGCACAACAGAAAAAUAAUUUCAACCACUCUCCUAUGUUUCCAACAAUAAUGGCAUGUAGUAGUAUUCGUUAUUGCUUUAAUAAAAUUCUCAUCUGCUUA